CUAAGCGCAUUGUUCGCGCUUAAAUGUGCACCAGCAGUUCGAGCAGACGAUAGAGCAGCAGUCGCCCAGACCCUCGCGAGCCCAAGGAUCCAGGCUAAAGAAGAACGAACGCAAAUAAUCAACAUGGAGGCCUCAACGAGUGCUCAACUGCCGCCAGUGGUGAAGAUUCCGGCGCUGUAUGCGGAUCCCUGGUACAUGAUCACCAUUCUGGGCAUCUAUCUGUACUUCGUCACCGUAGCGGGUCCGCAUUUCAUGGAGUGGCGCAAGCCCUACGGGCUUAAGCGGCUGAUCCUGGCGCACAACCUUAUCCAGGUGGUGUCCUGCGUGUACGUCAUCAAGGAGGUCCUCUACAUCACGGACCACAACAUCUACUUCUUUUGGAAGUGCCGGAAAAUGGACAGCAAUCCAGAGAUCGUUCAACGCUACUUCAGUUUGGCCUACUUUCUCUUCUGGCUGAAGAUCUCUGAGCUGAUAGAGACGGUGAUCUUUGUGCUGCGCAAGAAGCAGAACCAGGUGUCCAAGCUGCACAUCUUCCACCACUUCUCCACGGUGACGCUGGUGUAUGUGCUCAUCAACUUGAACACGAAUGGCGACUCUGCAUACUACUGCGUGUUCCUCAACUCAAUUGUCCACGUCAUUAUGUACUCCUAUUACUUCGUGGCGGCCGUGGCCGACAAGACUGUGAUGGAGGCCCUGACGCCCGUGAAGAAGGGCAUCACCGUCAUCCAGAUGACGCAGUUUGUCCUCAUCCUGGCUCAGGUUCUCUACCAGGCCUUCUUUUGCGGCAUGACGCUGCCCGUGUUCCUGUACUUCACCACCGUCAUUGCGGGCAUGUUCUACGGCUUCUACAACUUCUACAACAGCGCCUACCAGGUCGAGCAGCGCCGCAAGAGUCUGACAGCCGCUGCCGACUCGGGAAAGUGAUCCCAUGUCCACAAAUCACGCAAUAAAGGCGCACCAACAAGUGUGCGUGUAUCCGAAUGUA